AUGCGUAUCCUCUUCCUCGGACUGGUCCUUGUGCCCGGAUGGUGUUUCCGUCGCUUCAGCAACCGAUUUGAGCUCCAUGCAGCUGUUCGCCGCUGGGACAGCCUUGCAGGGAGAGCUGAGGUUGAGUCGGUCUACGGAAGGAUUGAAGACUGGGAUGUCUCCGCAGUGAAGGACAUGUAUGGCCUCUUCAGGAGUAUGAAGGACUUCAAUGCAGACAUAGGCUCCUGGAACACUUCGGCCGUCACGGACAUGAGCUACAUGUUUCAUCGUGCGGAGGCCUUCAAUGCUGACAUCGGCUCCUGGGACACUUCGGCCGUCAGGGACAUGAGCUACAUGUUCUAUGAAGCGGAUGCCUUCAAUGCAGACAUCGGCUCUUGGGACACGUCGAAAGUCACGAACAUGAGAGGCAUGUUUUAUGAUGCAGAGGCCUUCAACCAGGCCAUUGGCUCAUGGAACACUUCGGCCGUCAGGGACAUGAGCUACAUGUUCUAUGAAGUGGAGGCCUUCAACGCAGACAUCGGCUGCUGGGACACGUCGGCCGUCACGAACAUGAGAGGCAUGUUUCAUUAUGCAGAGGCCUUCAACCAGGCCAUUGGCCCCUGGAGCACUUCGGCCGUCACGGACAUGAACUGCAUGUUUUUUGGUAGUAAGUCCUUCAACCAGGCCAUCGGCACCUGGGACACUUCGGCAGUCACGGACAUGAACGGCAUGUUUGGUGCCACGGAGGCCUUUAACCAGGACAUCGGCUGCUGGAACACUUCGGCCGUCAGAGACAUGAGUGGGAUGUUUUCUUAUGCAGAGGCCUUCAACCAGGCCAUUGGCUCAUGGAACACUUCGGCCGUCAGGGACAUGAGCUUCAACCAGGACAUUAGCGGCUGGAACACUUCGGCCGUCAGGGACAUGAAGAACAUGAGCUACAUGUUCUAUGAAGCGGAGGCCUUCAAUGCAGACAUCGGCUCCUGGGACACUUCGGCCGUCACCAACAUGAGUGGGAUGUUUUAUGGUGCGCCAGCCUUCAACCAGGACAUUAGCUCCUGGGACACUUCGGCCGUCAGAGACAUGAGCUACAUGUUCUAUGAAGCGGAGGUCUUCAACCAGAGCCUUUCUCAGUGGGACACGUCUUCUGUGAGGUAUUCUAGGUUUGCAUUGAUGUUUGCGGGCGCAACUCGGUUUGAUGUAGAACCGUGCCGAGCAGGAAGUUUCCCUGCUUACAACAAGCUUGGCUGCCAGGGUUGCCCUGCCGGGCAAUUUGCAUUGGCAGGUGCGUCCCACUGUCAAUCUUGCAGUCCAGGCAAUGUCCCCACCGAAGAUCGAGGAAGCUGCAGGCUUUGCCCUGUGUCGUCAUACGCCUUGCCGAGCUCAGAUGUCUGCGUCACGUGCAACUUUCCACUCUUGGCCUUUGAGGACGGCUGCAUUUGGUGGCAUUUGCCCCUCAUUGCAGUCGGCGUGGCGAGCUUGAUGGUGGCCCUUGGCCUCUUCCGUUCACACCGACGGGCAAGAAAGAGGGUGAAGCUUGACAACAUCAUGACUUGCUUGUACCGCGACCUAUGGCAAGAAGAUGAAGGCGCAAUCGAGCUGUACACCGAGAGGUUGGGUAAGCUUGGGGUAAGCAAAGCUGCGGUUCAAGAACAGGUUGAUGAGAUGAGAGCUGCUCAAAGCAGACUGGCCGGCGUAAGCAUGCGGUACCUGCUAUCGGACAGCUUCGCGAUGCUGGCCACAGAACGCACAGGCAAAUCAGAUCCAAGCUUCGUUGAUAUGAAGGACGGCUUCUGGCUGAGCACCAGCAAUCCGAGGAUCGGGCAGGAGUUGCGUUGUCCACGCGAUGGUAAACCGGGCUGUGCCCUGGUUGAUUGGCUACCUCGCUCGGACCGCCAUCAGCAGACGCAUUUUCUUUCCUGGACUUGGCAGUACCGUCUCACGCAAGUGACGAGCGCCUUGCAAAGCUACCUGCCAAUGGCUGCCGCGGAAGAGGUGUUCUUCUUCAUGUGCUUCUUCACCAACAAUCAGUAUCGAAUCAUCGUAGAAGCAAGCGCUGCCGGAAGUUCAGACCUCGAGCAGGUCUUUGAGACCAAUCUCACCCGCAUAGGCAAGAUGGUUGCAAUGCUCGAUUCCUGGCAUGAACCUGUCUACCUGUCCAGGGUGUGGACGGUAUACGAGCAGUUUGUUGCCUCCAAGCUGCAAAUUCCUGUGACCUUCAUCAUGCCGGAAGACUCUGCCAUCUCAUUGCGAGAGACGGUGGAACAUGGGAAGACGGGCAUCGCGCACAUCACCGGGUCCCUACGCGCUGUGGAUGCAGAGCACGCCAAGGCUUGGAAACCGGAAGAUGAGGAGAAAGUGAAGUCACUGAUUCAGCAGACAGUGGGUUUCGAGAAGGUGAACCGGCACGUGGCCCAAACCAUGAUACGCUGGAUCAGCCAGGCUAUGAAGCAACACCUCCACUCGCUCGUAGAAUUGGUCCCUGAUGAGAGUCCACCCGCACCCCAGGUGAUCAUUUCGCUUUGA